UAACCGAUUGAGAACCGAUUGCGAUAAAAAACCAAAACAAAAAUUAUUUCUCGUGAUGAAAAUGGAUCCAAGUGUUGAUAAUGCUUUAAUUAAAAAGGAAACUUUGUAUGCUGGAACAAAAUAUGUCAGCCUCACACCAGGAACAAAAAUCAAGUUUCAUUUUGAAACAAAACGUGCAGAUAAUCUUAAAGUUGUUGACGAUUCACGGAAAAUCAAUAAACCAAUGGAGUUGGUGUUAGGAAAGAAAUUUAAACUAGAAGUAUGGGAAGUGAUUGUCCAGAAGAUGUCAUUAAAUGAAGUUGCUAAAUUUACAGUCGAUAAAUCGCUUGUGCAACAAUAUCCUUUUGUAUCAAAAACUAUCAGAGAUGCUUAUAAGAAACCUGAAGAGCGUAAACAUUGUUGUGGAAUGACAUUGCAGAAUGAAGGCAUUGGAUAUCAUGAUUUAGAUGAACUUUUCCACAGUCCUUGUGAUCUCAUCUUUACCAUUGAAGUUUUAUCAAUUGAACUACCUGAAGAGUACGAGAAAGAGACUUGGCAGUUGAAUGAAGAUGAAAAAUUGAAAUCGAUUGAAGAUUAUCGCAUACGAGGUAAUCAGAAAUUCAAGGAAAGUAAAUUAAAAGAAGCUGAAGAAUUAUAUUCGUUGGCACUUGGAGUUUUAGAACAAUUAAUGUUGAAAGAGAAACCCAAAGAUGAAGAAUGGCUUGCUUUAGCCAAGAUUAAAGUUCCAUUGCUUCUAAACUUUGCACAAUGUAAGUUACUUGAGAAAGAUUUUUAUCGUGUUAUUGAAUGUUGCACGGAGGUUUUGACUUACGAGCCUGACAACUUGAAAGCACUUUAUCGUCGUGGAAAGGGUCACAUUGGUGCAUGGAAUCCUAAUCAAGCACAAGAAGAUUUGAAUCGUUGCAUAUCAUUAGAUCCUUCGUUAAAGUCAGCAAUCACAAAAGAAAUAAAUUCUCUUAAAGAGAAAAUUAAAUCAUUUGAAGACAAAGACAAGUCAAACUUUCAAAAGCUUUUCUGAAGUGAGUUUUAUAAAUGUAAAAAGUAUUUUUAAUCAAAAUAAAUUUAUUUAUUUAUGUAUGAA